AUGCCCCAUGCUGACAUCUUCCUAGCAUUCACUCCAGAUCUUCUGCACCAAGUUCAUAAAGGUGUAUUCAAGGAUCACCUGGUGAGGUGGUGUCAGCAAAUAAUCGGAGAGGAUGAAAUGGACGCACAAUUCAAGGCAAUGCUGGAUUACCCAGGGCUCCAUCACUUCAAGAAAGGAAUAUCAACUGUCAAGCAAUGGACCGGAAGUGAACAUAAACAAAUGCAGCGAGUGUUCAUUGGCUUACUCACUGGAGCAGUUCCCAGUCGGGUCUUGAUAGUUGCUCGUUCAAUUCUGGACUUCUCAUAUUAUGCACAGCUGCAAAUUCACAUGACGGAUUCACUCAAAACCUUACAGACAGCACUAUCAGUAUUCCAUGCUCAUAAGGAUGUCCUCAAGGAACUGUCUAUUUGUGAACAUUUCAACAUCCCAAAGAUCCACCAACUCACUCAUUACGUCCAGUCAAUAACAUUGUUUGGUGCAACUGAUGGUUUUAAUACAAAACUUCCUGAGCACUUGCAUAUAAACUUUGCCAAGGACACUUACCGUGCCACCAAUAAAUGUGAUUAUGAAGAGCAAAUGGUCUUGUGGCUUCAGCGCCAGGAAGCCGUCUUUUUGCAGGGAGCAUAUCUGGAUUGGCUGGCACAAGUGCCUCUCUCAGCUGGCUGGACCCAGGAUGAUUCAAACACUGCUACCAACUUUUUGACAGCUCUCCAAUGUUUCAUACAGAAGAAUAUCCCUGGCUGUACUGUUGUACCAGGGGUGCAGGACCAUUCUGACGUUUAUUGGCAAGUUGUCGUUGUAACGCCAGCUGACUUGUGCAUUAGAGCCACACCUGAGAGAUUGUCAUCAGGCCAUAAGCCUGGUUGUCCAGCUCGGUUUGAUAUGGCAUUGAUAUCUGACAGUCCUCAUCCUGUACGUUUGCAGACACUGCAUGCUGUUGCAGGUCUGAGAGUGGCUCAAGUUCAUGCUAUAUUCACCCUCCCUUGUCAGUUCGGCACAUACACCAGAGCCCUCGCAUACAUCAAGUGGUUCACACCUUUCAGGACACCUGACCCUUCUUCUGGAAUGCGACUAGUGUUGUGCUCGACCCGCCAUUGUCACCACAAUGCUGCUGUCAUUCAUGUCAACAACAUUGUUAGGCCAUAUCAUUUAAUACCGAAGAUGGGACCAUCAGUUGAGCCAAGGUUGAGGAGUGGAAAUGCAUAUGAGGCCGCAAAUGAUUUUUAUUUUAAUGAGUUCAUCGACAGCGAGAUGUUUUGCACUUCUGUGGAUACUAAUUAG